UGCAGGCGGUCAGAGAAGGAUAAGAUUGAUCCUGCUUCGACCUCUGGCGAUUCCGACGUUUGACUUGGUUCCUCGUUUUUCAACCCCUGGUCGGAGGAGCAUGACGCCACCGACUCAUCGCUCUUAAAACUUCGCCAUUUCGACACAAUGCUCGUCUCGCUCUCUCUCUGCCCUUCUCCCUCUCCUCUCCCUCCUCCCUCGCCCCGCAAUCUCUAUCCUCUUCGCUCCCGCUCAAUCCGAUGCUCCGCCGAGAAGAAGUCCCCCGCCGGAAGCCCCAAGGUGGGGGAUCCCAAGCCCAGCUCCUGGGUCAGCCCCGACUGGCUCACCUCCCUCAGCCGGUCGAUCACCAUCCGCCCCGGCGACAGCUCCGGGAUCCCCGUCGCCAGCGCCAAGCUCGACGACGUGUCCGACCUCCUCGGCGGGGCUCUGUUCUUGCCGCUCUUCAAGUGGAUGAACGAGUGCGGCCCGAUUUACCGGCUCGCGGCGGGUCCGAGGAACUUCGUGGUGGUCAGCGACCCCGCGAUCGCGAAGCAUGUGUUGAGGAAUUACGGGAAGUAUGCCAAGGGUUUGGUCGCCGAGGUGUCGGAGUUCCUGUUCGGGUCGGGUUUUGCCAUCGCUGAAGGCCCGCUUUGGACGGCAAGGCGCAGAGCUGUUGUUCCAUCUCUUCACAAGAAGUACUUGUCUGUGAUGGUAGAUAGGGUCUUUUGCAGAUGUGCGGAGAGAUUGGUGGAGAAACUCCAAGCAGCUGCAUUAGACGGCACUGCUGUAAAUAUGGAGGAAAAUUUUUCUCAACUGACUCUUGAUGCAAUUGGUCUCUCUGUGUUCAACUACAACUUUGAUUCACUAACAGCUGAUAGCCCAGUUAUUGAUGCAGUUUACACUGCUUUGAAAGAGGCAGAAGCUCGCUCAACUGAUUUGUUACCUUAUUGGAAGGUAAAAUUCCUCUGUAAAAUAGUGCCAAGACAAAUAAAAGCAGAAAAAGCAGUUGCGGUAAUUAGGAAAACUGUGGAAGAGCUUAUUGCAAAGUGCAAAGAGAUAGUGGAGUCAGAAGGUGAAAGAAUUGAUCAAGAGGAAUAUGUGAACGAAACAGAUCCAAGCAUCCUUCGCUUUUUACUUGCUAGCAGAGAAGAGGUUUCGAGCUUGCAAUUGCGUGACGACCUUUUGUCAAUGUUAGUGGCUGGCCAUGAGACUACUGGUUCAGUUCUGACUUGGACGCUGUAUCUUCUAAGUAAGGAUGACGCAUCAUUGAAGAAAGCCCAGGAAGAAGUGGACAGAGUCUUACAAGGAAGGCCUCCUACAUAUGAAGAUAUAAAGAAACUAAAGUUCUUGACAUGUUGCAUUAACGAGUCAUUGCGCUUGUAUCCACAUCCACCUGUUUUGAUACGAAGAGCAAUGGUUUCUGAUGUCCUUCCAGGGAAUUACAAGGUCAAUCCAGGCCAAGACAUAAUGAUAUCUGUUUAUAACAUUCAUCACUCUCCGCAGGUCUGGGAGAGAUCAGAGGAGUUUGUGCCAGAGAGAUUUUACACGGAAGGUCCACUGCCUAAUGAAACUAAUACCGAUUUCAGAUUUAUACCAUUUAGUGGAGGACCACGUAAAUGUGUUGGGGACCAGUUUGCUAUGCUAGAAGCUAUAGUUGCUCUAGCAAUCGUUGUGGAGCGCAUGAACUUUGAGCUGGUUCCUGAUCAGAACAUCAGCAUGACCACUGGAGCGACAAUCCAUACUACAAAUGGCUUGUACAUGAGAGUCAGCCUACGGCAAGCUGCACAAGCCUUAGUUUCAUCUUCCUCCAGGUGAGCUAUAUUGUAUAGCAUGUACACAUGUCUAAAUUUAUGUGCCCCCUCAACAAUUUAUCCUUUUAAGCUUCUGAUUCUUUUACUUCUAGAAAGAAAUUGCUGAUUAUUCUUCACAAGAGAAAAUGAAGGCGAGAUCUAUGUAAACUUGAAUAGGUUAGGAGAGCUUGAGAAAUGCACGAAUCCUAUCUCCAAUAUAAGCGGCUUCGAUCCUAAAAUUUCGAGUCGAA